GUCCAGAUUCGUCUUUCAGCAUGCGUGGAUCAACCCGGACCAGCCGGUUUUAGAAAACCAAUUGCCUCGUGCGGGCGGAGUCCUAAAGGGCUGUGGUGUCAGUCCAAGCUGCAGCUGACGCUCAGCUGAUACCACAUGGAUAACUGGCGUGGCCAUUUCUCGGCCACCGUCUAGUCCCCAACUAGGAUAGUUUACUACUGUGAAUCUGUGAUUUAAUUCCCUUCUCUCUUAAAACCCCCGCCACCACUCAUCGGUAAGAAUUGCAACUCUCGUCAGAAUGCAGCUCUUAUCACCUCCGAAACCCCAGAUCCCUCCCUUCACCCCCUCCCUCUUUACAAGUCAUUCUUCUUUUGCUAACCCUAAUACCUCUCGAUCUCACGCCAAUGUUCCGAUCAAUGGCCUUGCGACCACUCCCUUUCUCAAAUUCCUUAUGUUGUCGUCCAAGACCGGUUCGGCGUCGCCUCUGCAAGACCAUAUAAUUUUCUCGGAAUCCGAAGACGAGCAGGAUGAAGUAAGGGUAGAGGAAGAUAAAGGAAAGACGGAUGAACAGAAGGAGGCAUUGGAGGGGUUGCUGCUAUCCGUUCGAAGGCCGGUAAAGGAGGACAUUGAGUCUAAGGAUGGCUUAAGUGGAAAUGCUGGGGAGGAUGGCUAUCCUUCAACUUCAAAGCUUGACCAAGGGCUUUCUGAGUUUGCCAAAAAGAUGCCCAUCUUUGCGCCAGAGAGGGGAGUGGCGCCCGACGAGAGACCUCUGGGAAUCAAUUUGGAGUUGGGACUAUACCGGGCCAAAGUUUUGAGUAGGGAUUUCCAGCACAAGGAAGCUGAGCAGAUUCUACAGAAGUGCAUUUUGUUUUGGCCUGAAGAUGGACGAGCUUAUGUCGCUCUUGGUAAGCUUUUAUGUAAGCAAUCAAAAUUUGCAGAAGCUAGGUCAGUGUAUGAAAGAGGGUCCCAAGCAACACAAGGAGAUAACCCUUAUAUUUGGCAGUGCUGGGCUGUCCUAGAAAAAAAGGUUGGGAAUGUAAGAAGGGCAAGGGAACUUUUUGAUGCCGCCACAGUAGCUGAUAAGAGACAUGUUGCAGCUUGGCAUGGUUGGGCAGUUCUGGAGAUAAACCAGGGAAAUUUAAAUAAAGCUAGAAAUCUACUUGGAAAAGGACUAAAAUAUUCUGGUGGGAAUGAAUAUAUUUAUCAAACACUUGCUUUACUUGAAGCCAAAGGAAAUCGAUUUGAGCAAGCUCGGUAUUUGUUCCAGCAAGCGACUCAAUGUAAUCCUAAAAGCUGUGCUAGUUGGCUUGCAUGGGCACAAGUAGAAAUGCAACAACAGAAUAACCAUUUGGCCAGACUUCUAUUUGAGAAAGCAGUUCAAUCGAGUCCAAAAAAUAGGUUUGCCUGGCAUGUAUGGGCAUUAUUUGAGGCUAAUCAAGCUAACGUUGAAAAAGGAAGGAAACUUCUUAAGAUUGGGCAUGCUCUAAACCCCAGGGAUCCUGUGCUCCUUCAGUCGCUUGCUCUUCUCGAGUACAAGCAUUCAUCUGCUAAUCUUGCCCGUGUAUUAUUCAGAAGAGCAUCUGCAAUUGACCCAAGGCAUCAGCCUGUUUGGUUUGCCUGGGGAUGGAUGGAAUGGAAAGAAGGAAACAUAAAUAUUGCUAGAGAGCUCUAUCAAAGGGCUCUAUCAAUUGACUUAGAGAGUGCAAGUGCUGCCCGUUGCCUUCAGGCUUGGGGUGUUUUAGAACAGAGGGCUGGAAAUUUAUCCGCAGCAAGAAGGUUGUUUAGAUCUUCACUAAACAUAAAUUCUCAGAGUUAUGUGACAUGGAUGACUUGGGCUGCAUUGGAGGAGGAGCAUGGAAAUGCUGUACGGGCCGAAGAAAUAAGAAAUUUAUAUUUUCAGCAGCGCACGGAGGUCGUGGAUGAUGCUUCAUGGGUCACAGGCUUUUUUGACAUCUUCGACCCUGCACUUGAUAGCAUAAAGCGGCUCUUGAAUUUCGAACAGACCAGCCCUGGGUUUUUCAGAAGUCAGAAAAUCUUAGCAAAAUUUCAGCAAUCAGAAAGCAGCACGACUAUUAAAAAUAUCCAAGAUGCCAACAGUUUCAACUUGGACGCUUUCAUCAAGGAAAAGCUUUCCUUGGAUGUGUCAAAACUGGACGAACAAAUGGAAAAAUAUGAACCAAGGAGUUCUGCUAACAGAAGGAAUAUAUGGACCAGAUCAAGCGGCAAACUUCACUCCACCAACCUGCAAUAGGGCAAAUUAUUAGGUCCGGUCACCGGAUCUAAAUUUACGUCCGAAUCCCUGCACUUUUAUUAUACUUUUGAUGUAUUUUUGCAAAAGUGCAGUUAAUAUAUAAUUUUAAUUGCAUAUUAGCUG